UGGGCGCGCCGCGGAGUUGCGCCCGCGCCCGGGCCCCGGACCCCGCGCCCCGCGAACUCGGGCGGCGGCUGAGGCGACGGCUGCGGCGGCCCGAGCAGCAUGCCGAGGAGGAAGCAGCAGGCCCCCCGGCGCUCGGCAGCUUAUGUUCCUGAGGAAGAACUGAAGGCAGCAGAAAUAGAUGAAGAGAACGUGGAGGAGGUUGGGCUGUCCCUGGACAUCCCGGAAAGCGACUACGUGUGCAAUGAGGACACGGACAUCAAGGAAGCUCAGAGCUACCAGAACUCCCCCGUCAGCACCGCGACGAACCAGGACGCUGGCUACGGGUCGCCCUUCAGUGAGAACAGCGACCAGCUAGUCCAUUUCCAAAGCUCUUCCUCCAGAGAAGAGAAGGAGGAUCCACAGGGCCCAGACAGCGUCUCCUACCCCCAGGACAGCUUGGCACAAAUCAAGGCUGUGUAUGCCAACUUGUUCUCUGAGUCCUGCUGGUCCAGCUUAGCUUUGGAUUUGAAGAAGUCGGGUUCGACCACCAGCAGCAGCGAUGUGGGCCAGAAGGAGAGCUCCACCCCCGCCCCCACGCCCCCCGCCAGCACGGCGGGCACCACGGGCACCACGGCCAGCACCCCCAGCUCCGGUUCGGGCUCCGGCUCCGGCACCAGCGGCGGCGGCGGCUCUGGGUACGACUGGCAUCAGGCCGCGCUGGCCAAGACGCUGCAGCAGACGUCCUCGUACGGGCUGCUCCCCGAGCCCAGCCUCUUCAGCACCGUGCAGCUCUAUAGGCAGAACAACAAACUGUACGGCUCGGUGUUCACGGGCGCCAGCAAGUUCCGCUGCAAGGACUGCAGCGCCGCGUACGACACCCUGGUGGAGCUGACCGUGCACAUGAACGAGACGGGGCACUACCGUGACGACAACAGGGACAAAGACUCCGAGAAGACCAAGCGGUGGUCCAAGCCCAGGAAGCGCUCGCUGAUGGAGAUGGAAGGCAAGGAGGACGCCCAGAAGGUGCUCAAGUGCAUGUACUGCGGCCACUCCUUCGAGUCGCUGCAGGACCUGAGCGUCCACAUGAUCAAGACAAAGCAUUACCAGAAAGUGCCUCUGAAGGAGCCAGUGCCAGCCAUCACCAAGCUGGUCCCUUCCACGAAGAAGCGCGCCCUGCAGGACCUGGCGUCGCCGUGUUCCCCCGAGCCGGCGGGCCUCGCCGCCGACGCCGCGCUCAGCGAGUCGGCCAAGGACCAGAAGGCCGCCAACCCGUACGUGACGCCCAACAACCGCUACGGCUACCAGAACGGAGCCAGCUACACCUGGCAGUUCGAGGCCCGCAAGGCGCAGAUCCUCAAGUGCAUGGAGUGCGGGAGCUCCCACGACACGCUGCAGCAGCUCACCGCCCACAUGAUGGUCACCGGCCACUUCCUCAAGGUCACCAGCUCCGCCUCCAAGAAGGGGAAGCAGCUGGUGCUGGACCCCGUGGUGGAAGAGAAGAUCCAGUCCAUACCUUUGCCCCCCACCACGCACACGCGGCUGCCGGCCUCCCACAUCAAGAAGCAGCCCGACUCUCCCGCGGGCGCCACGCCCUCCGAGGACAAGAAGGAGCCAGAGAAGGACAAGGCGCCGGCGGCUGGCGAGGCAGAGAAGAAGGUCAAGGAGGAGAGCGAGGAGGCCCCCGAGAGGUUCGAGCCCACCGCCCUGUAUCAGUACCUCCGCGAGGAGGACCUGGACGACAGCCCCAAGGGCGGGGUGGACAUCCUGAAGUCCCUGGAGAACACGGUCUCCACGGCCAUCAGCAAAGCCCAGAACGGCGCGCCCUCGUGGGGCGGCUACCCCAGCAUCCACGCAGCCUACCAGCUGCCUGGCGCCGUGAAGCCGCUGCCUGCGGUGCAGAGCGUGCAGAUGCAGCCGUCCUACGCGGGGGGCGUGAAGUCACUGGCCUCGGAGCACAGCGCCCUGCUGCACUCCCCGGGGAGCCUCACGCCGCCGCCGCACAAGAGCAACGUGUCGGCCAUGGAGGAGCUGGUGGAGAAAGUCACCGGCAAGGUCAGCGUGAAGAAGGAGGAGCGGCCCGCCGAGAGGGAGAAGGGCUCCCCGGCCAAGGCUGUGUCCCCCGUGGCCAAAGAGAAUAAAGACUUCCCUCGCGCGGAGGACGGCGGCGGCGGCGGCGGCGGCGGCAAGGCGCAGCAGAAGAAGGGCCCCGAGGCGGAGGCGGGGAAGGCCAAAAAGGAGGGUGUGCUGGACGCGCACACCCCAAACGGCACCGAGCCUCUGAAAGCCAAAGUCACCAAUGGCUGUAAUAACCUGGGCAUCAUCACGGACCACUCGCCGGAGCCCUCCUUCAUCAACCCGCUGAGCGCGCUGCAGUCCAUCAUGAACACCCACCUGGGCAAAGUGUCCAAGCCUGUGAGCCCGUCGCUGGACCCUCUGGCCAUGCUGUACAAAAUCAGCAACAGCAUGCUGGACAAGCCGGUCUACCCUGCCACCCCCAUCAAGCAGGCGGACGCCAUCGACCGCUAUUACUAUGACAACAGCGACCAGCCCAUCGACCUGACCAAGUCCAAAAGCAAGCCCCUGGUUUCCAGCGCGGUCGACCCCGUGGCGUCGCCUCUCCGCGAGAGCGCCCUCAUGGACAUCUCCGACAUGGUGAAGAACCUCACGGGCCGGCUCACCCCCAAGUCCUCCACGCCCUCCACUGUGUCGGAGAAGUCCGACGCCGACGGCAGCAGCUUCGAGGAAGCGCUGGACGAGCUGUCGCCUGUGCACAAGAGGAAGGGGCGACAGUCCAACUGGAACCCGCAGCACCUGCUCAUCCUGCAGGCCCAGUUUGCCUCGAGCCUGCGGGAGACGCCGGAGGGUAAGUACAUCAUGUCGGACCUGGGCCCUCAGGAGCGCGUGCACAUCUCCAAGUUUACGGGGCUGUCCAUGACCACCAUCAGCCACUGGCUGGCCAACGUGAAGUAUCAGCUGAGGAGGACAGGGGGUACCAAGUUCCUGAAGAACCUGGACACAGGGCAUCCUGUUUUCUUUUGCAACGAUUGUGCCUCUCAGUUCAGAACUGCUUCUACGUACAUAAAUCAUCUAGAGACACACUUAGGCUUCAGCUUGAAGGAUCUCUCCAAGCUGCCACUAAAUCAGAUUCAAGAACAGCAGAAUGUUUCAAAAGUCCUGGCAAACAAAGCUUUGGGCCCGAUAGGGGCUGCCGAGGACGAUGUGGCCUCCACAUUCCAAUGCAAGCUUUGCAACCGGACUUUUGCGAGCAAGCACGCAGUCAAACUGCACCUUAGUAAGACCCACGGCAAGUCCCCGGAGGACCACCUGAUCUAUGUGACGGAGCUGGAGAAACAAUAGCGCCCAGGUAUGCGAGGGACCGCGGCACAUUGCACUACACGUUGUCUUUGUACUGCACUAGGCCUGGCUGAGCCUCCGAAAUCAGCCUUCCCUUUUGUUGCCGAGCUGGCUGUCUGGACCUUGGUUUUUCUUACACAUAUUUUGUAGUUAUAUUUAUAUGCUCUUUGUCCGAUUGUGCAUGUUAUUUUUCUUUUUCCGUGAGUCAAAGUCUGACCUUUAUUUUCAACAUCUGUUCUUGAUGUUAAGCUAUCUUUUGUAGGAAAUAGUGGGGCACACUACUCAGAGACAUUUAUUUAGCAGAAAAGAAAGACACAAAUAACAAUGAUAAAAAGACAUCCUAAAAUUACAAAGUUGCCAUGACAAUAAAGGUCAUAGAACCUAGUAGUGUCAAAUUUAACCCUUUGAGGACUGCAAUUGCAUUUCUGUGCCUUUCACUCAAAAAAAAAAAAAGAAAAAAGGCUUAAAGGCAUUUCAUUCAGAUCAAAAGCUGUGUCAGACACAAAACUUAUUUAAUAAUUAAAAAAUGAGCUUUUUAUAUGCAGAACUGGUUUGUGAAGGAAACAUGCAUGCAGCUGUUGGAAGAUAGAAAGUUGUCUAGGACUCGUGGGGUUAGGAAGCCACAGUUUUACACAUUGAAGACAAAAAAAAAAAAAAAAACCACAAAACAAAAAAACCCACCAAUACCACCACCACCACCACCACCACCACCACCACCACCACCACCACCACCACCACCACCACCAAACACCCCAGUUGCCACUAUGCCCAGACCCUCUGGAUGCUGAAAAAAAUGCCACUUUCGGCAAAAAGUAUGCAAGCUAUUAUUUAAAAAUGUGUACAAAUGCUAUUUCUUUUUUCCUGUAAAAUACUGCGGUUUAUAGUUAUUUACAAAUGUAAGCUUUGGUAUAAGCUGACCUUUCUAUAGCUGCAUUGGUAAAUGAAAAAAACAUGGGGCAAACGGAGUCCUUUCCUUGUAAAUUGCCAGCAUCAGCUUAAACCCCCUAUAUGUUACAUAUCGUACCAUUUUAAUCUAUUCAACUUUCUUUGUACCUUCUGGCUGUAUGCUUUCUCUUUUAACUUUUUAUAUUGUCAUUUUAUAUUAAAUUUCUGUGUAUAUAAUGUAAAACCACAAUUUUUGAAUAAAAUUUAGUUCCUGCAGCUUGAUUUAAAUAGAAAAAUUUUACUGGCACCUGCAUCUUUCCAGAUGCAUGUAUAUCAGACAAAAAUAAAUAAAUGAAAACAAAGCAAGCAAUGCACUAUUAAUUAUACAUUUUGAUGUUCUAUCAUUAAUAUUAUACAGUACAUUUUGGUUCACACAAUUAAAUCCACUGUUUUCUCAAAUGUAAAAUAAACCCACAAGCAGUUCUUGAUUUA